UGUGCUGUAGACUUUUCACGGAAUAAACUUAGUUAGGAAAAAGAUACUAUCUUCGGCUGGCGCUGGUAUUUUUGUGUUUCUUAUAGCAUCGUCCAGCUCGACACGUGCGUCGUAGUUAGGACGAUUGUGUUUUUCGAUACGGCAAUGUGCAGUACACCUUUCCGAUCCAGCAAAACUACUCUAUGCCCGCUUGCCACCGCUGGAUGAUUAUGUGCCCGUAGUGUCCAAAAGGGUAGCGAGCGCAUAUACGCAAACCGCCAGGAUAGCCUAGCAACGGAGUGAAAACGAAAAAAUAACAAUGGGAAACCCAAGCCUCACCUACGAGAUUUUGCUUUACCUCAACUCGUUUUAUUUUGGAAUGUUCGCUACCUGCGAACUCGGUAUGCUCACGCUGAAGGCAGUCAAUUUGAAAUAUCCCGAUCAUAUUCUGUUGCGGGAGGCGUGUAUCCUGGUGGCAUUGUGUUUAGUGGAAACAAUUCGAAUCAUCCUAGGCAGGCGGGGUAGUCUUAGCGACCACGGUUGGCAUGUGAUCCUGUCCGUAUUUCUCACCAUCCCCUGUGGAAUGGGCGUAGGGUAUCUUCUUUUCUACCAGCUGCAUCGACUACGCCUGGAGUACAUCCUAUGUGCCUUAAUGUUAUCACUACAGGCAGCAGAAUUGUUAUUUGCGAUACUGUUCGUAUUCACGCUCUGCCGACCGCCUUCCUACGAUUAAUUUCUACACCAUCAUGAUAACUGCCAAAGCUCUGUAGUAGCUACCGAUUCAACCGACGGACCAUGGUACCGAAUGCGACCCGUAUAUCCCCGGGUAUUCGCGACCGCUCACAUUCGAGCGAUAUCAAAAGCAAUCGCCAACAGUCCAACUCGUCGGUCGCAGUCGACAUCUGCUUGCAUUUGCGCACCAUCGAGGCUAAUAACGGACAGUAUCAUCAUCUUGCUCAAAUGGCCAAACCAACAAAAAAAUGCCAUCGUAAGGCUGGUAGUGACUAGAUGCCAUGUAGUUUAUCGUAGCGUAUUUGAGACCCAAAGACCGAGCAGACUUUUUAUGCCGUCUAAACUGAUUCGUGAACCGUGUGUAUUAGCGGGCAGUCGAAGAGUCUGCCGAUGCUAAGGUAAAACUCAUGGUGUAUUGUAGGAUAGAUUAAUGCAAAUGCCCAUUGCGAACGGCUGUUUUGUUCUAAUCAUAAAUCAUGCACCGCCUUCGAGUGACUUCUUAAUGCACGUCCAGGGAUCACUGGAAAGUUUCGCAAGCACACAUCACUUUUUCGAUACCAAAGAGCUUGAGUUGUAGUCUAGUCAUACUAAUUGUUUACUACAAAUCUUCCGACCAUCGACCAAUGAAGGACCAGUUCAAAGUCCUUACAUUUUACCUAGAGUCUCCAUAAUGUAAUAUACCUAACACUUUUUCUAUCUUGCCAUAGACAUAAACCUUUAACGUUCUCAAAUAAACCUUAAAAAAAUCAAAAUUUUGCUAGCAAAUAGAUAUCAGAUACAAAAGCGGGUUUCAGAAAACCUAGAAACUAGGCAAUUAUUGACACGGAUGUAUGCGGAAAUUCGUAGAUAAUUUUGAGGCGUAAAAUUUGUAAUUGUUACAGCAUGUCAAAUAUCAGGUACUGGCGGAAAGCCGGAAGAAAAAUUGAAAAGCAACUAUUUCAAGACAUAUAAUUCAACCUUAAAAAAUACAUUAUAAAAUUUUGAAAACUGUUUACUUAAGCGUAGCACAACAUGGCGGGAACCAUAUAUCAAUCAACCCAGAACUAGGCGAUUAAUAAGUCCUCAAAAGGACGAUUGUGCAGAAAAAAACAAAAAAAAUGCACGUUUGAAGUUCGUACGAUUACGAUGAUGUAUAUUGACCGUUCAAUGAUGCGUGUCAAAUCGUAUCCUAUAUGGUUUCGCUACCAUUUAGAAAUUACGUGCAAGCAUAAGAUGAUAUUAAUCAAAAUCUUGUACAAUACUUGUAAACACUCAUGUUUGUAUGAUCAGGUAAUGCGUUUAAAAUAUAACAUCACGAAAAGCAAUUAAAUGCAUUCGUUACAAAAUCCUUUUUUUUAUUCUUUUUAUCAACGCUAGGUGUGGUAUGGCAACAACAGUUGUGAUAAUACACGGUUGUAUUGUGAUGCUAAGACGAUAGCUUAAUUAGGCGCCGUUUUAUUCUCGGCUAGAAUCUUUGAUACGUCCUUACACAUAAUUAUUCGGAAACAAAGAGCACAACUUUCUCGUCCGAUUGUAAACAAAAAAAAGAAAUUGAUAACAUUUAGAGAAAAAAAGGAAAACUGUCAUGAAAUAACGCUCAUGCAAGGUAGCCUCUUACAAGAGAUGUAGUAAGAGAAUUCUUAUAACAACAAUACCGCCUGUUGCUUAUCGUACUAAGAUUAAUUCGAAUUUUAUGUUGAUGGUGUUGGAAG